GACCCCCCCACCUCCUGCCGACGGAGCGAUCACGUUUCCCAGCGCGGGGCAACCCGGCGCUGAUUGCUCGGAGCGCGCCUGGCUUGGGACGCGAUUGGUCGCUCGGGCGCUUUCACGUGAAAAAGACAGCGCCGCGUUUGAUAAGCGGACGGAGCGGGCUGGAGGGGUAGUUUCGUCUGCAAGCGAGGAGCCGUAGCAGAGCAGACGGAGGGAGGCUGGACGGGCAGCGAAAAAGGAACAGCCUCAACGAGGGAGCGUGCCUUUUUCUUCUUCUUCGCUAAGCGCCCGGAGAAGCAGCUGAUUGCUUUCCAAGUUGCGCGCGUUUACGAUUUGCUGCAGUUUUAGGCUCUUCUCGCCGAUUCUAUGUAACGUUACUGUACCAGGUAAGCCCAGCGAGAGAGCUGCAACUAAGAAAGGGUUGAGGGCGUUUUGCAGCUGAGGGGACAAUGCCGCCGAAUAAAAGUGGGGCGGUCGAAACGGCGGCCGCAGCCGGGUGGCUUUGCAGCUGAACUCGGUGAGUCUGGCUCCUGCAGCGGAUGACGGGGGCGCUUAUAAUUUUUGCUCCGUCAUGCCGAGUGAAGGGGACGGAGUUGCAUCGGCAGGUCAGCCUCUGCGAAGUAUUUGGGAGCCGUGGCACGGGCAGAGGUUGCAUUCUGACGAAGCUUUUUUUUCCUGGAACGCCCCUCAAGUUGGUGCAUCGCGUUUGGGGCCAGAAAAGAAUGAUACAAGUCUUGGACCCAAGACCUUUGCCCAGUUCCAUCAUGCCUGUAGAUGUAGCCAUGAGAAUAUGUUUAGCCCAUUCACCACCCUUGAAGAGUUUUCUGAACCCACUGGAUGAAUAUCAAAGAAGAAACUUUGUGGAUCGUUUAAAGCCUCUGAGAUCAUGCCUCAAUGUGAAACGUGACACUGAGCACCAGAAUAGUGACUGGAAGCACUCGGCUGGCCGAGCCAAGAAGAGAGUGGUUUUUGCAGACUCGAAGGGCCUUUCUCUGACCGCCAUCCAUGUCUUCUCUGAAUUCCAGGAGAAUCCAGCCUGGGAUCUCCAAUUCGAUUUGUCAGAUCUUGAAGGCAUUACAGCUGGCCUAAAACUACAUGAGGAAAAGAACUUGAUCCUUGGUUUUACUCAGCCUUCGGCUGACUACCUAGACUUUCGGAACCACUUACAGAAGAACUUUGUCUGUCUUGAAAACUGCACCCUGCAAGAAAGUACAGUAUCUGGAACUGUGAAAGUGAAGAACGUGAGUUUUGAAAAGAAGGUGAAGGUUCGAAUUACCUAUGAUUCAUGGAAAACCUAUUCUGACCAUGAUUGCAUCUACAUGAACAAUGUAUAUGGAGACUCGGACAAUGACACUUUCUCCUUUGCAAUCGAAUUGCCUCCAGCCAUUCCUACUGAGCAAAAAAUUGAAUUUUGUGUGUAUUACCAAAACGGUGACCACAUUUUUUGGGACAAUAAUGAUGGGCAAAACUAUAAGAUUGUCCAUGCAGAAUGGAAGUCUGAUGGUGUCCAAGUGGCAGCAUCACCCAAGAAAGGCUGUCUGUCUCUCAAAUCUUCAAGAAAAGUGCACGAAACAGAGUGUGAACAACUUGGCAGCCCUCGGAUAUCCAGCAGCUUCUAUCCCGAAUGGCAAAAGUGGAGCAUGGUUGAAACAUCCUCUCCAUAUUGGUGAAUGAAAUAUACCCACAGAAGCCGCUAACAUCAGUGGCUGAAUAUCACUGACCUUCAGCUUCUUAAUAUGCAGUAUAAACACACCAAUUUGGAGGGCUUGGUGACUACUUUUAAAAAAGCUGAAUUCUUACAUUUGAAAAAGAGCAAAAGUUCUAGCUAAACCUAGACUUGGGACAAUUCAAUGACAAUGUUGCCUAGCAUAAGAACAGCACGUGUGCUUCAUAUAUAUAUGACUCAGUUUCUUCCGAUCACUUGCCUGAACCUGGACAUGUAAAAGAGAUGUGUUGGGAAGAAAUAAUUUUGUGGUGACUCUUAAGAAGCUGUGAUUGUGUGGGGAAUGUUGAAUAGAUAGCCACAAAAAACCUUUGUGCCUACUUUAAGAUGCAGUGGGAACUGAGAGAGAUACUAAACUGUGAAACCUGAGACUUGAAUUGAACCUAAACAAACAUUGACCAUAACACAAUUCAGUGUUUGGGUUUUUGGCAUAGAAGUGUCUCUUUCAGCAGGAUAAAGUUGAGAAAGAAAGAUGAUGUUCUGUACUGUAGUUGAAAAGUAAAGUAUCGGGGAAUCCUACCUUUAUAUCU